UAACCUUACCUUUUGCUGACGAUAGUUUCUUUUGUUUCAGAUAUUAUGGACCGCAUUAUCAGUAGCCUUAGGUGUAGAAUUAAGAGGUGGGUACAUUCGCGGAGUACCCUGUAUAUUACAAUUCGACCAGCUAUACUGCCCUACAGCUGGAAACUCGUAUCCAUCAGACCGCAUCGACAUGUUCAUCGACGAAAACAAAGCCCUAAUGAAGCGCAUGUACGGCGAGUUCGACAUGCCAGACUACACCGGAGCCGGUCCCGGACCCGGACCAGGCCCCGGAGUCAAAGCGAAGCGCAGCGCAGGGAAACCCGGGGUGCCGGACGUGCAUUUGGACCCUGGGCCUGACCCCGUGCGCGCCGCACAUGAGACGCUGCUGGGCGUGGGCAAAUCCAGGACCACCAGGCAGAACUUCAGGAGUAAUCAGAGCUCGGAGAGCGGCAGAUUGGACUCCUGUGAAAGCAAGAUUGAAAUAGUCACACCAUACUGGGCCUCGAAUUCUGCCGGAAAGAUCAGGGCCAUAGUCAAUACACAACAUUUCGAACAAGCCAUACACCAAGAAGUUUGCACGAAGACGGCUACCAAGAGGUGUUCUGGAGACUGUGGCUGCGAACAGAAAUACAAAUGGCACAGGUUGCUCGCUUACGAUCCUGAUAAUGAUUGUAAAGGUAUUUUUAUGGAUUGGUUCCUGUUUCCUUCGUGCUGCGUCUGUAGAUGUAAUCCUAAUUGAUACACGCCAAUGUUACCCAAAAGAUACGUUAGAUAAAUCGAUAUGAUAGUUUUAACUAGGAAUCUUCAAAAGUUCCGUUCCACAAGGAGACAGUCAACAAAUAAUCUGAUCGUUAUUAUAUAUUUUCUAAAUUUGAAUUCGAAUAUUUCACUGUGUCAGAUUUUCUGCAUGACUCUCUAAGGUUUGGUUUUCUGUUAUGAUCUCCUGUCACUCUCUCCGUGUGGCAUAUUGCUUUUAAAUAAGUUUUCAUCCUGCGAAACAGACUGUUUUGAAUGAAUUUCCUGAAACAAAAGAAUAUUUUUUUACAAAAUCGUCCAUUUAAAUUGCGGGCAAUUUUGAAAACACGUCUCAUCGAUUUAUCUAGUUUUGCAUUUUUAAAUGUAUUCCAAAUCAGGAAUGUGUACUGAUCGAAUUGUGAAAAUAAACAGAUACAAUGGUAUAAUGAUAUAAUGCUAGACGGUAAUGUAGUUGAGAUUAUUUUAUACAUUAUUAUUUGUGGUACAUCUUAAGCAAUUUUGUUAGUUAAAAUGUAAUUGUAUGUAGCCAAAGAUUUAUAAUUACCUUAAUAUAAAUAGUCCAGGAUUAUGAACUAGGCUUGAAAUUUGCAGAUCACAUAAAAACCAAGAGGAUAACUCACCUUUACAACUUAAAAGCAAGUUACACCUACUAUAUGAAAUGUUUGUGUUGUUUCUGAUAAUGGAUUCUUUCAAUUUUUAUGAAAUUUAUUUUCAUCAGUGAAAACCAUAUAUAAAACAACAGUAAAUCUUAAAAAGUAGUUAUUAAACGACUGACGAGAAAAAUAGUAAAAACUUGAAGUAAACACUUUAAAGUUGUAAUCGAUUAACAUCCUGGACUAUUAAAAAAACUAGAGAAUCUUACCGUAAAAUAUUACCCAUCUUUUUAUUAAUACAUACUUUCUUGUGCUUUGACAACCAUAUGCCGAAAAUACUACAGGAAAUUUUAUAUUCUUAAUUAUUCAUUUUUUGUAUCCGGAAUUCUUGAUAGAGAACACAAACUAACCCAGAACGUAUCAAGAAUAAUGUAUCACUUCUUUAAGUAUUAAUUUUUUUGGAACAUACAUAAUAUAUAAAUUAUGAAUGCAGCUAGCACCUAAGAAUAUGAUAGCACUUUCACUGUGUUUGCAAGGUGAUUUUCUCAUGAGCAUAAUAAUUGUAUGUAUGUUUAUUCACUGUAGUAAAAGUAGAUUUAACUUAAAAUUUAGCAAAAUGUUUGUAGAUAUUAGUAAUUUUAUAAAAAAGUUAGUUUUUAUCAGAAAAUACACAUAGACUGUAUUGGUUCGACUUUGGCCGUUGUCAAAAUUUUAAUCCUCAAAUGAAAUCAACUCAAAUAAUUGCAUAGUAUUAAAUCAAUGUAAAUAGCGCAAUAAGUGAUUAAAAUAAUCAACUUUGCAUAACUUUGUUCGUUACCAUUAGAUAGUGUAGCUAUUUCAGUAUUUCGUCACACAGACACACAGUUACCAUUCCUUAAAAAUCAUUGUAUUCAUAUAGUGAGAAUUUUCACUAAUAUACGCUGCCAUGUUUGUGUGUGUCUAAUAAAUUACUUUGCAUAAACUUCGUACGUUUCUUUACUUUUACUCCUACAUUCCCAUACUCCCAAAAUAU